AAACUAGGUAGGCUCAUAAGAUUUCAAGUGUGCACGUGUUUUUAGUAAUCUAUGGCAGCAGGUUUUUGCAACAUUAUUUGUAGCUUUGAGUUCUAAAGACACAUGCACACUCCUGAGCUCUUAUGAGCCUACCUAGUUUCUCUAUUCCAUAAAAGAAAAUGAAGCAAAUUUGAUAACAGAAGUCAAUUGGAAAGUUGUUUAAAAUUCCAAGCUCUAUCCGAAUCAUGAGUUUAACUUUACAGUCCUUUAUUUUUUUUUUAUUUUUUUUAAAGGGACAUUUAUUUUAAAUAAACACAGUAUGUGUCAUUGUCCACAACUAAGCUCUGCAUUGUAAGCAUUUGUAAUGAAAAUAUUAAAACAAUUUUUAUAAGCGUAGGUGUAAAAAGCUAGGGCUAUUAAUGCAAAAAAUACAUUCUGUAACAAAUUAAAACGUGUAUCUCUAACACCAAUAUUUAACACGUUACAAGGUUUUCCAAAUUAAGAGCAUUUCAGGAAUACACAACACAUUCUAGAAUUCAUUUGUCUGACUUCCUUUGCUAAUGAGGGACAGAAGUAAUUGUGGUCUGAUGUAAGAGUUUGCUUUAAAGGGUGUUACAGGAUCAAGUAAAAUUUGACUCCUGUAUGAUAGAUGGCCCCCUUGCUUCUUUUGAGCGAAGUGGGGCUAUAACCAGCAUGAUCUUUAGAUGCAUUUUUAUUCUAAAAUCAUUUAGAAUAAUAUAGUUUUAUUUUACUUAAAUACAAAAUAAUGUAUUAACAUUAUUUUAAAAAAUACUAUAUAUGUGCAAGUAUUUAAAAAAUUCCUCUUGCUGUGGGUAUAUAUCUUAUAACACACUGUCAGUGUAUCAUAUUGCCACAUAUUUUCUGUUUCCAUCUAUAGAGAGAGGGGUUGUUACAUUGACCAAUGUAUUGAGAUCAUCUUUCAGUUUAGGUAUUUGUAUGUUAACAGGACAUAAAGUAACUGUGGUGCUGAAUAUUUGGACAGUGCGAUGGCUACAAACCUAGAUCAGCUGAAUGCAGAAUGGGUUCAGCAGUACAAUGCAAGUGGCAACGUAGAAAAUGGCCUGGAGACACCAAUGCAGGAAAAUCCAGAGUGGGAAAAAGCCCGUCAAGCAUUAGCUAGCAUCAGUAAAGCUAAUGCGGCUGCGGCAGCUGCAGCAGCAAGUAAUGCUACUGCAAGCGGGCAGGCAAAUUCACAGUAUACAACACAGCAAGGAGAUGUAAAUAUGCAACAGCAACAGUAUUACCAGUGGUAUUCACAGUAUAACUAUCCUUAUCCUUACAACUAUUAUUAUCCAAUGCAGAAUAUGUAUGGGGGUUAUAAUGCCCAGAACCAAUAUGGCAUGACUGCCGCUUACCAAUCUGCAGCUCCUCAACAGAUGCCUUCAGCUGGACAACACCAAGGGAAUCUCAGUCAGCCUCCUGUUCCUGGUUUGGAAGAUAGUAUGCCAUAUUCUAAUAUUCAGUCACAAAUAUCAACUUCUAAUAACCAAUCUUCAUCACAUCAUCAUGUUAAUCACAGUCUGACUCAAUCAUGUCUGCAAGUGGGAUCAUCUAGCACUCAAUCCUCACAGCAUUCAUCAGCUAACACAGCAAGCUACAAUCAGCAUCCGUAUAGUGAAGUAACUAAACCAAAGGAGCGACUACCAUUAUGGAAUCGAAUGAAACAAGCUCCAGGAUCAGGUGGACUGAAAUUUAAUAUUCAGAAAAGACCCCUUGUAAUGUCUAAUCAAACUUUUGGAGCCUCUGAGCAUCACAGCAACAGUUCUGGUCCGCAACAGCAGACACACCUGCUUCAGCAUCAGUUAAAAUCUCAACACCAUCAGCAAACAGAAAAGAGUCACGAUCAAGGCAAUAUUGCCACAGCUAAGCCCGAAGAUUGGCCCCAGGCCAUGAAAGAGUAUGUUCAACGCUGUUUUACAGCAUGUGAGACAGAAGAAGAUAAGGACAAAACAGAAAAACUCCUUAAGGAAGUAUUACAAGGCAGACUGCAAGAUGGAUCUGCGUAUACUAUAGACUGGAGUAAAGAACCAUUGCCAGGAAAAGACUGUGUAAAAGAGAGCCCAAAGAAGAAACAAUGGGAAACUAUUACUCUCCAGUCCCCACGUGGGAGCAGUAUUACAAUUACACAAUCUGCUAGAGGUGCAGGGAACAAUACAGGUACUGGAACUCUUAGAGGAAGAGGGAAUGUUUUUGCUGCAAAAUUUGGAAACAGAAAUGUCUUCAUGAAGGAAUCUAGUUCGUCAUCAAGUACAGCAUCUAGGUCCAGGUCUAGAUCCUCGUCAAGAUCUCCCCACAGGCGAUACCACCGCAGUGAUUCUCAUUCAGACUCUGACAGCAGCUCAGUGUCUGGUAGUGAAAAUAGAUCAGGAGGUCGUAGAAACGUUCAGAAAGGACGUGGCCGAGGGGGACACAUGGAUCGUGGUCGAGGGAGGAUGCAGAGAGGCAAAAGAAAUGAUCAAGGCCUUAACAAGAAAAAUCGCAAAAAAAAUGUACCUAUGGAUUUUGAGGACCCUGAAAAAGAAUUUAAGAAGGAAAAAAGGGCAGCUCGUUUUCAGCAUGGCCAUGGUCCCAAGAAGUUGCGCAUGGAACCCCUUGUAUUGCAGAUCAACAACGUAGAUCCCAGUGGAUCUGACCACCUUGACUGGAAUGAACUAAAAAUUGUUGGUACUUGUCAAGACAUCACUAAACAUUAUUUGCGAUUAACAUGUGCUCCAGAUGCAUCAACAGUGCGACCAGUACCAGUUUUGAGAAAGUCUCUAUCAAUGGUGAAGAUACAUUUUAAGGAGAAACAAGAUUAUGCUUUUGCUUGUGAACAGAUGAAGUCAAUUCGCCAAGAUUUAACGGUCCAGGGAAUUCGCACAGAGUUUACAAUAGAAGUAUAUGAAACGCAUGCGCGGAUAGCAUUAGAAAAGGGAGACCAUGAAGAGUUUAACCAAUGCCAAGCCCAGCUGAAAUCUCUGUAUGCAGAAAAUCUUUGUGGGAAUGUUGGUGAAUUUACAGCUUACCGUAUCUUGUAUUAUAUCUUCACAAAAAACUCUGGCGAUCUUACAACAGAGUUGGCUUAUUUGACGAAAGAAUUGAAGUCUGACCCAUGUGUUGCUCAUGCACUCGCACUUCGAAAUGCCUGGGCUCUCUCAAAUUACCAUCGUUUUUUCAAGCUUUACCGUGGUGCACCACGCAUGUCAGGGUAUCUCAUUGACAAGUUUGCAGAGAGGGAGAGGAAGUCUGCCCUUAAAGCCAUGAUUAAAACUUUUCGUCCAGUGCUCCCAGUUUCCUACGUUCAGUCAGAGCUGGCCUUCGAGAACGAGGAUGAGUGCCAGAGUUUCCUGGCUUCUCUGUCCCUUGUGUACGCAGGGAACGACACCAGCAAGAUCGACUGCAAGCUCAGCUUGGUGGUCUUGCCAAAUUUCUAAAUGUCCUAUUUUUAAUAUCUGAAUCUAUAAAUGUGUCAUAGAACACAUGUUUAUGCUCACACCAAGUGUGUAAAUGAAAGAGAAUGCUUGCUUUUCUGUUUCACACAUUUUCUUUCACCUGCCACAGAAUAAGAGUGAAAGGGUUUCAACAAGUAUUCAAAAUUCUAAUGGGCUUUUACAGUCUUCUGUGAUUCGUUGAUGUUGUUUACUAAAAUUACUCAUUUAUCAUCCAUCUACUUGCAUACUUUCACCAUGUGUGCAGUUGAUCAACUUAAUGCACACUGCUCAUAUUUGCAGGGUUAACUAUAUAGUUUGGUUUACUGACAAUAUUUUACAGUAUUUAUUCUUCAAAAUGAAUCUGAAUGUAUUGCCCUUUAGUUUUGAGAUGUUAAAGCUUUUACAAAAACAUACAGAAUAUAGUUCUCUCAUAAGUGUAAUUAGUGAGCAUUCCACAUUUCUCAGGUGAGACCAGAACUAUUUUGGAAGAUUUUAAUAGCACUAUUUAGAAAGGUGUGUGGCAUUAUCUUCAGUGUGCAGUUUUCACACAUUAAACAGAGAAGUAGGCAUUCUGUAAGUUAUAGCUUUAUUCUUAAGCUACUAUAUAUUUGUAUAUUUUGUGAAUAUGGGAUUUUCUUUUGAUGUUGAUAAAAGGGAUUUUUCUACUUUUUUUUUUUUUAUAUUCUACAUUUAACUGUUUUUUUGCUUUGUGACUCUGUUGAAACUAACUAUGUCUCAGUUUUCUCUCCUUUACCUCACUUGGUGCAAACCUCUUUCCACUGGGCCAAGCAGAAGUGUACGUAAUGGCUCUGGAGAGGAGGCAUGGCAUUUCGGGAGGAAAACAAGUCAACUCAAAAAGUCUGGGAGGAGAAAAAUAAGCUUUGAAUCACUACAGUACAUAGCAGAAAAGACUUUUAGAACUUUUUUUGCAUUUAAAGUCGUCAGUAAGAAGGCCUAAAGUAGAUGAAGAUCUGCAAUACCAGCUAUAAAAUAUCUGGAAUCCGUACUCCUGGAGCCUAACAACCUGUGAGAAGAUGUUUUUUACAAUAAGUUGUUAAUUUAGCCCUCAACCCUAUUUAUUUAUUUUUCUUUCCCUUUCCUUUAACAUGUUUUGUCUUUUUUUGUUUUUGUUUUUUUUUUCUUCAGGUAAAUAUUAAGUUUGAGAUUUCACAAUUUUUAUACCCGUUUACUCCCCCCCCCCUCUUACUGCACUGCAUUUCUUUUCUAUUGUCAUUCUGAUACCUCUGACUGAUUAAAUGUGUAAUUGAUAAUGUGCAAUAAUGUUUAUGGACAAAUGCUCUUUUUUCCAGAUGUUCCUUCUUUCCUCCCAUCCUCUCUAAUAUUUAAUAAAUUCUUGAGUUGCAAA